UAUACAGCCUCUGGUGCUAAACCCUAACGAGCCGCCCAUUUGCGCCGCCGCUUGCUCGCCGCAGCUCUUCGCACCGCCGCCCCUUCCCCGUCGCCGCCAGCGGCUGCUCGAUCCGAUGGCUCCCACGAAGAAGUCGAAGAAGAGCACAGAGAGCAUCAACAACAAGCUGCAGCUGGUGAUGAAGAGCGGCAAGUACACCCUGGGGUACAAGACCGUCCUCAAGACGCUGCGCAACUCCAAGGGAAAGCUCAUCAUCAUCGCGAACAACUGCCCUCCACUUAGGAAGUCUGAGAUUGAGUACUAUGCUAUGCUGGCCAAAGUUAGCGUGCACCAUUUCCAUGGAAACAAUGUUGAUCUUGGCACUGCCUGCGGCAAGUACUAUAGGGUGUGCUGCCUCAGUAUCAUUGACCCAGGUGACUCGGACAUCAUCAGCACCACCCCUGGCACCCAGUGAGUGAAGAAGAGCCAGGAGCUUCGCCUGUCACUAGUUUGAGAUGAGAUGUAGGGCUCAGACUUCCCGCUGCAAGCUCUAUGACCAUCUCUUUUUUAUCUUUUAGUUAUAUGUAAUUUGGCUAUCAUGUCUGCAUCUACCAUACUGAUAAUACCUCGUAUGGCUGCUAUGUGAGGAGUAUCCAUGGUUUUGUUUGAUGAGAUCGUUAUAUUUAUUCCUCUGGCUCAUGUUGAUGUCGAUGAGAUAUUCAGAUCAGAUCAGUAGUAUAUGCGUUGA